CUGCCGCGGCACAGGAAGAGGCCUGGUCCCUGCCGUCCAGGGAUGUGAGUGGGAGCCGAGCCCGCACGGGAGGGCCCCCGAGGACCCAGCCUGGCGGGCGCUCGGACCCGUGCCCACUCUGGGGGCUUCGCAGACCUGGGCCAGCCUGAGACGCCGGGUAAGAGCCGCCCCUGCGAGCUUGGGGGCGCGCCCUCGUCGCCUGAUCCGUGCAGCCGGUUUCAGAAGCAGGCAACGGGACCAAGAUGUGAACUGUGUGUCUUCUGCAGAAGGAAAAGAGGCCCUUCCUCCGCCUCCGACGGUUCGCGAUCCUGGCUGCUGGGCUUCAUCGCCUUGGCAAAUGUUCUGAAGAAGACUCUUCAUGGGAAUGGCUUGUCUUACAAUGACAGAAAUGGAAGAAACAUCUACAACUCCUAUACAUCAGAAUGGUGAUAUUCCUGGAAAUCCUAAUUCUGUGAAACAGAUAGAUCCAGUCCUUCAGGUGUAUCUUUACCAUUCACUUGGGAAAGCUGAGGGAGAUUAUCUCAUCUUCCCAACUGGGGAGUAUGUUGCAGAAGAAAUUUGUGUUGCUGCUUCUAAAGCUUGUGGUAUUACACCUGUAUAUCAUAAUAUGUUUGCUUUAAUGAGUGAAACAGAAAGAAACUGGUAUCCACCCAACCAUGUCUUCCAUAUAGAUGAGUCAACCAGUCAUAAUGUCCUCUACAGAAUAAGAUUUUACUUUCCUCACUGGUAUUGUAAUGGCAGCAACAGAACUUAUCGACACGGAGUAUCUCGAGGUGCUGAAGCACCUCUUCUUGAUGACUUUGUCAUGUCUUACCUUUUUGCUCAGUGGCGGCAUGAUUUUGUGCAUGGUUGGAUAAAAGUACCUGUGACUCAUGAAACUCAGGAAGAAUGUCUUGGGAUGGCAGUGUUAGAUAUGAUGAGAAUAGCCAAAGAAAAGGAUCAAACUCCACUGGCCAUCUAUAACUCUAUCAGCUACAAGACAUUCUUACCAAAAUGUGUUCGAGCAAAGAUCCAAGAUUAUCAUAUUUUGACAAGGAAGCGAAUAAGGUAUAGAUUUCGCAGAUUUAUCCAGCAGUUCAGCCAGUGUAAAGCCACUGCCAGAAACUUGAAACUUAAGUAUCUUAUAAAUCUGGAAACUCUUCAGUCUGCCUUCUACACAGAGCAGUUUGAAGUAAAAGAACCUGGAAGAGGUCCUUCAGGUGAGGAGAUUUUUGCAACCAUUAUAAUAACUGGAAACGGUGGAAUUCAGUGGUCAAGAGGGAAACAUAAAGAAAGUGAGACACUGACAGAACAGGAUUUACAGUUAUAUUGUGAUUUUCCUGAUAUUAUUGAUGUCAGUAUUAAGCAAGCAAACCAAGAAGGUGCAAAUGAAAGCAGAGUUGUAACUAUCCAUAAGCAAGAUGGUAAAAAUUUGGAAAUUGAACUUAGCUCAUUAAAGGAAGCUUUGUCUUUUGUGUCGUUAAUUGAUGGAUAUUAUAGAUUAACCGCAGAUGCACAUCAUUACCUCUGUAAAGAAGUAGCUCCUCCAACAGUGCUUGAAAAUAUACAAAGCAACUGUCAUGGCCCGAUUUCAAUGGAUUUUGCCAUCAGUAAGCUGAAGAAAGCAGGUAAUCAGACUGGAGUAUAUGUACUUCGAUGCAGUCCUAAGGACUUUAAUAAAUAUUUUCUGACCUUCGCUGUUGAGCGAGAAAAUGUCAUUGAAUAUAAACACUGUUUGAUUACAAAAAAUGAGAAUGGAGAGUAUAAUCUUAGUGGAACUAAGAAGAACUUCAGUAAUCUUAAAGAUCUUCUGAAUUGCUACCAGAUGGAAACUGUUCGCUCAGACAGUAUAAUUUUCCAGUUUACUAAGUGCUGCCCCCCAAAGCCAAAGGAUAAAUCAAAUCUUCUAGUCUUCAGAACCAAUGGUGUUUCUGAUGUACCACUCUCACCAACUUUACAGAGGCACAAUAAUGUCAACCAAAUGGUGUUUCACAAAAUCAGAAAUGAAGAUUUGAUAUUUAAUGAAAGUCUUGGCCAAGGUACUUUUACAAAAAUUUUUAAAGGUAUAAGAAGAGAAGUAGGAGACUAUGGUCAACUACAUGAAACAGAAGUUCUUUUAAAAGUCCUGGAUAAAGCACAUAGAAACUAUUCAGAGUCUUUCUUUGAAGCAGCAAGCAUGAUGAGCCAGCUUUCUCACAAACAUUUGGUUUUAAACUAUGGAGUGUGUGUGUGUGGAGAGGAGAAUAUUCUGGUUCAGGAGUUUGUAAAAUUUGGAUCACUAGAUACAUAUUUAAAAAAGAAUAAAAAUUCUAUAAAUAUAUUAUGGAAACUUGAAGUGGCUAAACAGUUGGCAUGGGCUAUGCAUUUUCUAGAAGAAAAAACUCUUAUUCAUGGGAAUGUGUGUGCCAAAAAUAUUCUACUUAUCAGAGAAGAAGACAGGAAGACGAGAAACUCCCCUUUCAUCAAACUUAGUGAUCCUGGCAUUAGUAUUACUGUUUUGCCGAAGGAUAUUCUUCAGGAGAGAAUACCAUGGGUACCACCUGAAUGCAUUGAAAAUCCUAAAAAUCUAAAUUUAACAACAGACAAAUGGAGUUUUGGUACCACUUUGUGGGAAAUCUGCAGUGGAGGAGAUAAACCUUUGAGUGCUCUGGAUUCUCAACGAAAACUACAAUUUUAUGAAGAUAGACACCAGCUUCCUGCACCAAAGUGGACAGAAUUAGCAAACCUUAUAAAUAAUUGUAUGGAUUACGAACCAGAUUUUAGGCCUUCUUUCAGAGCCGUUAUACGAGAUCUUAACAGUUUGUUUACUCCAGAUUAUGAACUAUUAACGGAAAAUGACAUGUUACCAAAUAUGAGGAUAGGUGCCCUAGGGUUUUCUGGUGCUUUUGAAGAUAGGGACCCUACACAGUUUGAAGAAAGACAUUUGAAAUUUCUGCAACAACUUGGCAAGGGUAAUUUUGGAAGUGUGGAGAUGUGCCGGUAUGACCCUCUGCAGGACAACACUGGAGAGGUGGUGGCUGUGAAAAAGCUCCAGCAUAGUACUGAAGAGCACCUCAGAGACUUUGAAAGGGAAAUUGAAAUCCUAAAAUCCUUACAACAUGACAACAUUGUAAAGUACAAAGGAGUGUGCUACAGUGCUGGCCGGCGUAAUCUAAGAUUAAUUAUGGAAUAUUUACCAUAUGGAAGUUUACGGGACUAUCUCCAGAAACAUAAAGAAAGGAUAGAUCACAAAAAACUUCUGCAGUACACAUUUCAAAUAUGCAAGGGUAUGGAAUAUCUUGGUACAAAAAGGUAUAUCCACAGGGAUCUGGCAACAAGAAAUAUAUUGGUAGAGAAUGAGAACAGAGUUAAAAUAGGAGAUUUUGGGUUAACCAAAGUAUUACCACAAGACAAAGAAUACUACAAAGUGAAAGAACCUGGUGAAAGUCCCAUCUUCUGGUAUGCUCCAGAAUCACUGACAGAGAGCAAGUUUUCUGUUGCCUCAGAUGUUUGGAGCUUUGGAGUGGUUCUGUAUGAACUUUUCACUUAUAUUGAAAAGAGUAAAAGUCCACCAGCGGAAUUUAUGCGCAUGAUUGGCAAUGACAAACAAGGACAGAUGAUUGUGUUCCAUUUGAUAGAACUCUUGAAGAAUAAUGGGAGAUUACCAAGACCAGAUGGAUGUCCAGAUGAGAUUUAUAUGAUUAUGACAGAAUGCUGGAACAAUAAUGUAAAUCAUCGUCCAUCUUUUAGGGACCUAGCUCUUCGAGUGGAUCAAAUAAGGGACAACAUGACUGAAUGAAAGAUAUGAUCUUCACUCUGAGACCAAAGUAGACUUACAAAUCAAAAUUUUGUAUUUCGCAUUGCUGUGGACUAUUAUUACAUAUAUUAUUUCAUAAAUCAUGAUGCUAGUCAGCAAAAAUGUGAAAAUAUCAGCUCAAAAGUUUCAAAGUUUAGUGAGUUUUUCUUAAUGAAGGUGUCAAGUAUAAGACAACGAUGAAAACUCUUGAGCAAGAAAUUUUGUAACAAGUUUCAUGAACCUUAUAAGUCAACAACACUCUUCUCUUGCAAAGGAAAAAAAGACUUUUUCAACUCAGCUUUUUGAGAAAUGAGAAACAUAAUGUAAAUUUUGAAUUGUUCAAGAUGCACAGAAUAUAUAUGUACAGUUUUUACCACCAUUAAUGUAUUAUACUUUGGCAUCUUGUGUGAUGUUUUACACAAGGGCUGGUGUUCAUUCAUAAUGUUUUCUAAUUUUUCCAUAGUUGAUCUACAAUAACUUCACCAUAAACAGAAAGUAUGAUUCUCAGAUAACUGAGUAAGCACCUUGGUGUCCUUGUUCGUUUAUAUCACUGGCCAGCAGUAUAAGCAGGUGUAUACUUUCAGCUUGUAGUUUCAUGUACUGUAAAUAUUUUUCAAAGCAAAGGGAACAAAUGUCUAGAUUUAUUUGUAUAGGAAAUUUUCCUUACCCUAAAGAAUACAUUUUUGAAUUGGAACAAGCUUACAAAGACACAACACAAUCUAUUUUCUUAUUUGUUUCCCUUGUAUCUAUUUGUGGUGAAUGUGUUUUUUAAAUAGAACCGUCUCCAAAUAUUUUUAAGACUACAAUGAACACUUGGCUUUUAAAAGUUUGAAAUUAAGAAUACCAAGAAUAGUGUCAUCCUUUAGAGCUGUUGACUGCCAAUAAGUUUCUUCAGUCCCCAGGAACCUGUGGUCAUGCAUUAAAUUUAAGCAUAAGCCAUAAAACUUUUUAAAUUGUAUAAGCUUAUUAUGAUACAUAAUGGGUUAGAAAUAUUUUUUCUAAAGACUGUCUAUUUGAGGGGUUUCAUAGUUCUCUAUUGCAAGUCACAGAAGAUAUUUCCUUGUGUUAAAGAGUCUUAUACAGAAGAGAUAAAGUAAGUAAAUUGGUGAAAAAGAAUGCUUAUUUUAUUUCAGAAUUCCAGUAGAGCAUUUAUAAUGUGUAUCUUUAAGAAAAUGAGAGUAUACAUAUUUUCAGUUAAAUAGAAAGGAUUUUUUUUUGUCAUCAUGUUUUAUUUCUACUCCAUUUUAGAUGCCAUACAUAAAAUAAAAUAUGGUAGGAUUUUUUGGUGUGUUGAUUUAUCAAAUCUAAAAUACUUGGUAUUUUGGCAUAAAAGAAAGUAGUUUAUUUUCAGUGGUCGAUUUUUUAAAAUUUGUACUUAAGACUUCUGAUUUGUUUGAAAGGAAGGAAAGGGAAUAAAUGCAUUUCACAUUUAUUAUUUUUAAAGCAUUUUUAGUAGUUGCUAGAUGCAGAAAUCAUCUAAAAAUGACAGUGUUUUAUAUUUUUAAAAAGGUUUCUCAUAGAUAUUUUGAAGAAGGCUGAAUAUAAUUUUUAUUUAAUUUGUAAAGACUUCUCAAGGAUUUUUAUAUGAAAGUAAGAGAUCUUCCAUUCUACUUUUCAUGAGAGAAGUAGUAUAUAGUACAUUAUGCUUGAUUUUAGAUUUUUGUACCAAAAUUUUAGUAUUUAAAAUAUAAUCUUCUCAGAGGUCUAUAACGUUUUGUUUGUUUUUAAAAACAAGGAUGUGAACUAGAUGUCUUUAAACAUUUUUCAUGUUUCGCUUUUUAAUUUUAGAUAAAGAAUGCCACAGACCCAUUCUUAAGUUUUUAGAGUGAGAUGACUACAUUAUAAAAUUUCAAGUUUUCAGGAAGUAUCUUUUGCAUUGAGAGUUAGUAAUAUAUUAAAUUUUGAUCCUGAAAAUUUAUCAAAAGGAAUUCACAUUGCUGCUGUUUAGUUGGUUCUGCAUAAGAAACAGGUAAGUAAUUACUGUGCCACUUUAUCCCAAAAUGUUUCUUCACAUGAAUAUUCUUUAAAAAUGUGGCUAGAAGUUUUUUGUAGAAUUCUAUAAUUCUGUAAAUAUUCCAGGGUAUUAAGUUAUACAGUCUUUAUAUAAAUAACUGCCUGCUUCUGUAAGUACUUGCUUUGGUAGAGUCACUUUUUCAUGCUAUUUAUAAACGCUGUCAGUAGCACUGUAAUAUGCUGUGCAAGAAUACUUUCUUGUAAUUCAAGAAGCCUACUUUCAAGUCAGGUGAAAUUUUUAUCCUAACUGUAACUUCUGAUAAAAUUUUAUUUAAACAGUUUUUUUUAUGCAAGAGACAUGAGAACAUACCUACAUUUCUUUAUCUGGGGAGCCAUUUUCAUGUCUGGAUUGUUUUAUGUGCUUAAUUUAUUGAGACUAUGUUAAUUUCUUUAUUGUUCCUUUGGCAUGUUCCCACAAAAUUGAAAUAUUGAUGUAAUAAAAAUUCAGAAGUUA